AUGAGUGGCCAGCUCUUUUUUCUUGCUGCGGUCAUGAGAAUUGCUCAUGAUAAUGGAACAAGUCGUAUCUGGUCUUUUCCAUUGACUUAUGUUUGUAUCAGUGGAGCAAUAGGAACGGCUUUAUUUGGUUUGUACCUCUUGAAUGAAGCACUGGCAGUUGAAGAUGCUGUGGUGGUGAUUUAUCUCUACGAGGCAAGUUACAUCAUGGCCGGUGCAAUCUCUGGACUUUGUCUCUUUCGAGAUAUGGAUCAUCUACCGACCUGGCAUUAUGUGUUGUAUUCACUGAGUCUUGUGUUGAUCCUGUUGGGAAUCUAUGUUGUUGCCAAACGUUCAUUGCCAAAAGCAGCAGAAGACGAAAUGUAUUUGUUACCGCUUCUGGCUCCUCUUUCGGCAGAAGAUACGUCCGUUGAACGACUAUUUCAACAAGCUUCUUUCUAUGCUCGCCGUGCAUCGUAUUCGGGGCCGGCAAGACUUCACGCAAUUCGAAGUAACCGUGACGAUUCGGAAGCACUAGGACGUGGCAGGUCAAUGUCAAUCAAGUAA